GCCUGCGUCCGCGGAAGCCGGAAGCGGCUGCUGCUGGCAUCGCUGGCUUGGGGCGGAUAGGCGGUGGUGAGCCCCUGGGAUUUGGGAACUCCGCGAUGGGUCUGGAUGCAACGGUUGCGCGGCUGCGGUCAUCACUGCUGCGGUGGCUGAUGAUGCUGUGGUCCGGGCUGGCUCUGGGAGCGCAUUCCUUCAGCAGCCACCCUCACAGAGUCCUCCACGACCUCCUGUCAGAAAAGCAGUUGUUGGAGGUGGAGGACUUGUCUCUCUCCCUGUUGCAGGGCACAGGGCCGGGACCGCUGUUGCUGCCCCCAGACCUACCGGAUCUGGAACCCGAGUGCCGAGAGCUGUUGCUGGAGUUCGCCAACAGCAGCGCGGAGAUGACCGGGUGUCUAGUGCGCAACGCCCGGCCCGUGCGCCUCUGUCAGACCUGCUACACGCUCUUCCAACAGGUCACCAGCAAGAUGGACAACAUCAGCCGAGCCGUGGGGAAUUCUUCUGAGAGUCAUGGUUGUGCCAGAAGUCUCUUAAUGACAGACAGAAUGCAAAUAGUUGUGAUUCUCUCUGAGUUUUUUAAUUCCACAUGGCACGAGGCAAACUGUGCAAAUUGUUUAACCAACACCAGUGAAGAAUUAUCAAACAGUACGAUACAUUUCCUCAAUCUGUUUAAUUAUACCUUGACCUGCUUUGAGCAUAACCUUCAGGAGAUCUCACACAGUCUCCCACAGCCAAGAAAUUAUUCAGAAGUAUGCAAAAACUGUCGAGAAGCAUACAAAACUCUGAGUAGUCUGUAUAAUGAAAUGCAAAAAAUGAAUGAACUUAAGAAUAAGGCUGAACCUGGAACACAUUUAUGCAUUGAUGUUGAAGAUGCAAUGAACAUUACUCGAAAACUUUGGAGUCGAACCUUCAACUGUUCAGUCCCUUGCAGUGACACCGUACCUGUAAUUGCUGUUUCUGUGUUCAUUCUCUUUCUCCCUGUUGUCUUCUACCUUAGUAGUUUUCUUCACUCAGAGCAAAAGAAGCGCAAACUCUUCUUACCCAAACGUCUCAAGUCCAGUACCAGCUUUGCGAACAUUCAAGAAAAUUCAAACUGAAACCUACAAAAUGCAGACUUGGCAGUGUAUUGCAUGGAUGAAUGGUGGAAAACGACUCGGUCAGAAAGAAGAUAAACUGUGAUUUGAUGAGCCAAGUUCUCAAGAAAUGGAAGGACUUCACAUUUAUUUUUAAAUAGGAAUUUUCAAUUUUUCUUUUCUUUUCCACCCCUUUUAUAAGUAUUUGGGUAUUUUUAAUUCACAGACAUAGCACUGUUGUCUAUUUUAAAGGGUAUUUGUUACAAUAAAACAAAAUGCAAGAACAAUCUUUAUUUGUAGGCAUUUUGUUACUAUUUGAGACUUCUGGUAUCUCCUUAUUAACAUAAGUAUCUCAAAUGGUAAUGCUUUUGAAAACUAACUUUUAAAAAUUAAUCAGUUACAGCAAAAACUUUGAGAAGGAAAUACACUUGCCAAAAAGUAGCAGAUCCCAAAGACUAAUUUAAAUUACUCCACAUUGCAAUAUUAUUGUUACCUAUAUAUUUAAUAUAUCACGAAUUGCAUAUAAUGUAUAAUUUAAUCUCUAGUUUCAGUGAAAGUCAUUUUUGGAAUCACUAAUUAUAAGCCUCCCUAACAACUUUUAGAAGCAGUAAGGCACAUUACAUUUAUCUUUGUAAAAAGAUUUAUGGUAACUGGUUUCUUACUUGACUUUUAUAAACAAUAUUUUACAUUUUAUUUUUGUCUUUAUUUCAUAAGUAAUUUGAAAUCAUUGGGUAGCUUUGUUAUAUUCAGGGAAAGAUGGAUUUUUUUUUUAUACCUGGGAUUUUCAUUGUGAAUUACAUUAAGUUAUUUGACAUUAUAUAAGUUAUUACUACUUUAAAUCACAUGUAGCAUUAUCAUACUGUAUUUAAAUUGUGAUUUUUCUUACUGGAGAUUUUCUCUUAGAAUAUAUGGAGAUUUUUGGAGAGAAGAGAAAGGAGGAGUAAAUAAAUCUGAAAGCUCAGAAAAUAGAUAUGUACCUGUGAGAAUGCAUUUCUCACUAUGAGACUGAAGUGGUUCAUACUAGGGUUGUGAAUCAGAAUGAGAGUCUGAUACAGAAAGCAGUUAGAUUAAGAUGAUGCUUAUUUUUCUAAAUUAUUUAAAUCAGAUAAAGGUGAUAGGAUUGAAAUGAAGUCAGGUUUUCACUCAUUUCUGUCAGAAAACAUUCUAUUUUGGAAUGUUUAACCUUUAAAAAAGCUUUGUUUCAGAAUUGUUCACAAUUUUUUUGCUCAGGUUUUUAGAGUUGAGAGAUCCAUUUAUUAAUUCUUUCUUCCUUUCUUGGUGAAAAUAGCUUUGAUUUAAAUAGAAACAAGAGUUUGGUUAAAUGGUACAAGAAUUUGAAUCCCUGCAUAUGCUGUAAAAUGCUCUAUAGAGAGACAUGAAGAUGCUUUUAUUUUUUAUUUUUUAAAUGUUUACCAUAUAAUCAGAGUGAAAGAGAAGGCCCAUCCUUGGAUGUGUAACACGUUGUUACAGGUUUUCUCUUCUGCUAUGAUCCAUUUAAAAUGUGUUGGGGUUUGUUCUGCUGUCAUUUUCCAUGCUGCUGAUAUUAAUAGCACUAUCUUGAUUUGAAGCAUAUGCUUGAGGGCCAUUGAAAGCAAUCUUUCAUUAAUGCAGCUAAAACCUGUUUACAUGUGCAGGGUUAGAAAAUGACAUUUGAGUAUGUAAGUAGUGACUUUUUGAGCACCUUUCAGUAUUAUGCAUUUGUAAAACCAUUGCUUUUAGAUAUGGUUGCUAAUAAGCAAUUUAAAAAGGAAACAGCAACCUUUACUAUUUUCCUGUGUUGUUGCUCUUUAGAAGUAGCAUCAGCAAUAGAUGUCAAAAAUAUAGGUAUUAAGUGCUGCACUAAAGCAUGUAAAUAUUUCCUUUUGUAGUCAUAUUGAAAAAUCUUUGCAUAGUUCUGAAUUCUAAGACACAUAGCAUAUGUGUAUGCAUAAGAACAUCUUUAGGUUUUUGACAUUUUAAAAUAGAGUAUCUUAAGGAAAUUGCAGUGCUGUUUUUGAUUUUUAUACACGUUUUUAAAAUUUCAGAUGUAAUUUAACAUUACAUUUCACUUUUUCAGGUAUUUAGUUUAAAUGCCUACUUAAAAAUUCCAUCUAUCUUGUAAUUUUGUUCCAAAUAAAAAUGUACUUUUGGAUUAUUUAUUUUUGUUGGAUUUGAGAGGUAAAAUAUUUUAAAGUAUGACUUUAAAUUGGUAAACAACACUACAGUUUGGUUGCUAAAUGUUACUAGUAAUCAGAACCAGUAUUUUCUAGUGUUUCAUGGAUGAGCUUUAUUUUUACUCCAAUGUACUCCUUAUAAAGAGAAAUGUUUUCCCAUAGGAACAUUGUUGUAAUUGGGGUUGCAUUCCUGACCGAAGACUUGACAUUAAAUAAAUAAUAGACAUCACCAGCAGUGAAUUGUGAAAGCAAAGAUAUACUAGUAUCCUCUGUAACAAUUAAAAAUGGGAAAUAACUGUAUUCCAGAUUUAUAUAUUUUCUGAGCUUGAAGAAGACUUAUAGGUCAUCUAGUCAUAGAAUCUCAAAGUUGGAUUAACGAGAGACAACCUAAUCCAAACUUCUAUCCAUUGCCUGGAUUCCCUCUAAAAAGUGUGUCACUUAUUUCCCUACAUUUAAAAUUAAGGUAGCAGAACAUCAUAGAACUCUCUAUUUAUGACUAAACUAUUAUGGGCUAGUCACCUCUAAAAAUAAGGCCUGAGAUGCCUAAUGGAAUGUUUUUUCCACUACCACUCUGCUUAUCUUGUAAAAAUUCCACAAAAUGAUCAUAAUAAUUAUAAAAGCGUUUUGGCCUAUGCUGAGUGACACACAUAGCACAUAAAAAUUACAUUUCUACCCAGUUUCCUUGUACUAAACUAUGACACUGGCUAUGGUGAAUAUCAGUCAUACAUCUAAUACAUGUAAUAACCAAUAAUUUUAUUUGUCUUGUUGGAAUUAAAGAAGGCUUUUUAAUGAUAA